AUGGCGCUGGCCUACAGUGGCCCGGAGACUUCCAACAUCGGUUUUCUCGGCUACCCGAUGUCCAGUGAUUGCCCUGCGAAAGUUAGUUGCGGCGGAUCCGAGCAUCUUGGAGCUUCGCCCGCGGGGGGCCGAUUGGAGCCCCUGCGCGGCCUCGGCGCAGGCCGGUUGGAGAAAGGCGCGGCAAAGCAGCAGUACUCAGACUUUUCAGGCAGCUUGUUUCGGGAUGGCGACGUCAUGUUCACGGUGAAGCUGUUGAGCUUGGGGCGGGCCGCAGACGGCGGCGGCGUGGCGCGGGCCAUCGCGCGGGCGGCCCGCGGCGCCCGCAAUCGCGAAGGCUUGUUGAGCAACUUGUGGGGAGAGGCGAGGCUGGCAGUGCGGGACAUCGGCCCGACGACGUCUCGAGCCGAGGGCGGAGUCGAGCAGCUGCUUGUGCAGCUCCCUGAACGAUUCCCCGAGUCGAGAAGCAGGAGACCAUCUCACAUGCAGGCGCGGCGCUGGCGACCUGCCAUGGGCGUGAGGAAGGCGGCCGGCAUUUUUCGAGGGGCGAUCCACGGAUACCGCGCCCGACCAAAUCCCAACGGGUUCACAUCGCUCGGGCGCGUCAUGCGGGCUGCGGAAGGCCAGAGAUACGUGGUCAUCGACCUCGCGGGCGCCGACGGAUUCGCGCCCGUCGGCGACCCCGACGAAGUGGCGGUGGUGAAGGGCGCGGGGCGCACCGAGUCAUGGCGCGACGGCGAGAAGCACCACCAAGGCCCGUGGGACUGCCCCAAGUGCAGCACCCACAACGUGGCCGGCGCGUUCUAUUGCAGUCAGUGCAAGAACCCGUCCGAGGAGAUGCAGGCGAUGAUGGAGGAGGAGAAGAGGCUCAGGGCUGCCGACGAGGGCCGGGGCGGUGGCCUCUACGACAGGCAGGACCCGAACGACAAGAACCAGUGGGACAGCGACGGGGAGGAGUUCGACGAGUUCGGCCGCAGGAAGAAGAGGCGGAACAGGGGCCCGACGAACAAGAAUAAGAAGACGCACUUCAACCCGUGCACGUCGCCACAGCUCCCGGAGGCCCACUGGCGGGGGGGCCACCUGCACAGCACCUCCGCGAGCGGCCAGGCGCAAAAGCGUCGCGGCAUGGUGCGCUAUGUCGUCGUGGCACAGCUCGCAGGCGAAGGCAUCGCAGCCAUCGUCAAGCCGCGGGGAGUGCGCCCGGCCGCGGAAGUGCUGGCGAAGCCUCCGCUGGGAACGCUCACUAGCUUCAGACUCUGGCUCGAGACGGUCGGCCUCGUGGAGGCCGUCCCGGCGAAAGCCCACAGCCUGCCCGACCACAUCCGUGCGCAAGGGUACACGGUGGCCAGCUGGCUGCCGAUUGGGGACCAGGAGCUCUUCCAGUUCCCCUCGUUGAUAGAUGCAUGUGCGCAUUCACCACGUCUUCGUUUCAAAGUUUACCUUCAGUGGGCUGUGGCCGUGGCGGACCACGCGGCGCUGGUCAUCGACACAGCAUUGCCAGUAUUCACCCGCGCCCGCCGCCAGCAGCAGGUGUGGAGAUGUUCGGACGAGCGUGGCUUCAUGAAUUUCUUUGCGGCGAGAUGCCCAAAGUCGUUCCGGGACCACUCCGAGCUCCUGGCCAAGAUCCGGGUGGCCAUGGGGGCAUACCAGGACACGACCUCUCGGAAGCAGCGACGCGCUGACCGGGAGCCUUUCGCCAUCAAAGCUCUCCGGCGGAGGGUUCGCGAGGCCCCAGACGCCGCGAGCCGGGGCGCUCGGCAGCGCGAGCUCUGGCACACCCUGCGGCGGCACCGCGCCCAAAGGAAACUCGCCCAUCAGCGCCUGCGGGUCUCCUCUGGCGGCGUAGUGGCAUCCUCCAAGGCCCUCUCUGUGGUCGAGGCCCUGCGGCUUGGGCCAGUUGCAAGCCCGCGCGUCGAGGUCGACCCGGCGGUCUGCCGUGAAGAGGCGGCGGUCGCUGCCCGGGCCUUCGUUGACGCUGAGUGGCCCGCCGUGGCCCCGUCCAUGGACCAGUGGGCGGACGCCGUCAGCAAUAUGAAGAGCAAGGCCGUGUUCGAUGGGUACGGCGUGGCCGUGCUGGCGUUCCAGCUUGCGUUUCGUGCCAGGCCGAGGCCGAUCGCAAGGGUUCUGACAGACCUGCUCAAUUCUUCGCCCCUCCUGGCAACGGUGCAGAUACAAGGCGUGCUCAAGUCGAAGACCACAGGGGCCCCGACCCUCAGCGACCUUCGAGCCCUGCUGCCGCAGCCGGUCAUCCUGCAGCCGUUGCACCUACUGCUGAUAGACAUGGCCGGGCCGCUUGUGGAGAGCAUUGCCGACGAUUUCGGAGUCUCGGACAGAGCCCUGGGGAACUCCAAAGGCCGACAGUGCCUCGACGUGGUGUUCCCGCUGCAGCUCGGCACAGAAGCCGCGGCGGAUCCAUCCACCGAACACACAGUGAUUGCAUAUGACAUCAAGGCAUAUUGUGACAAUGUGGAGCCUCUGCGCGUGGCCACAUGUUUGACCUCUUGGGGCGCUGACGUCGCUGCGGGAGCCGCGCUCGCCAUGCUUCAUCUGUGCCCAGACGUGUGCCUUGCCAUCAUGGGCCGGGUCGGUGGGCAGGCGGACGAGAGCGCGAAGCAGCUCGGCGAGUGGGAGGUGAGGACAGACUGCCUGGAUGCUCUUGGCUUCACGAUCCACGUCGACGGGUCGCACCGCGCCAUGCUCGACGCUGCCGCGGCGAAGGCGUGGAAGAGUUUCUGGAGGCAGAGGAUGCGCAGUGCCGGCCGGUUCCCCGUGCGGCUGGCUAUGCGGAACAUGGCCCGGGCAGUGUGGGCGGGCCUCCGGCACCGCCUCUCACCGAUAGCGCCCGCGCCGACCUUGCGGAAGCGUUUGGACUCAGCACAGCGGAAGAUGGUCGGCAUGCUGCACGGGCCUAUUCGCGCGCCCCCGGGGCACAAGGGCAUAAGCAAGCUGAUCUCCGAGCACGGUGGCCCGUGGGGCGAGCAGUGGCAGGCCUUGGCCAGGGCGCUCGCAGCAGCUGACGGGCUGGCUACUGCUCGCUUCAUCGCCCUGACGGAGAACUUCCUCCGCGGUAGACGUGUGCCCCCCGAGACAGCCGCGCGCCCUACCUUCGCCGGCGACGUGGGCAUCCCUCUGGGGCGCGCGGCGCUGGCUCGGCUGCCCCUGGCGCGACUGUCGGGCUGCGAGAGCGGCUGGGCGGGGCUGAGAACGCCUGGCCUCGCGAGCUCCGCGAUGGCCCUGGCUCACCUCAUCGGGCUGCAAGGCGGCGACCACGCCAGCUGCGCCGGCGACUACUGCCACCCGCUGCACUGUGCUGGCAGGCAGUGGCCCGUGCACCUCGCGCUCUCCGGCGCCCGCUCCUCGUUCGAGGAUACGCAGCCCGGGGGCGAGGACCUGGGCAAGUACGCGGGCGAGAACUCGGCCUCCCUGCACGGUACCACCUCGAACGGCCAGGCGUGCAAGUGCGUCUCGGGCAACCUGGACCCGCCGAGGACCCAGCGGGAGCUUAGAGACCUCUUCAACAGGGACGAGGACAUCUCCAGGCAGGUCGCCCACCAGAAGUACCUGGAGGAC